UUUCACCACCUCCUCCAGGAACUCCGUCUGGAUGAUAGCCGCUUUCAGCGGUACUUCAGGCUGACUGGGGCCCAGUUUGAGGACCUGUUGGCGAGGGUUGGCGCCAGGAUCUCCGGGCAGGACACCAAUUACAGCCGCUCCAUUUCAGCUGCGGUGCGCCUGUCCAUCUGUCUCCGCAUCAUCAUGGCGGAGUCUAGUUUCCCUCUUCCACCAGACGAUUACUGUCCUCUGUGUGUGGACGCACUGAGAGACCCAGUCACCAUCCCCUGCGGUGACACCUACUGCCUGGAGUGCAUCAAAAUCUACUGGGACCAGUUUGACCACAUGGGUGUGUACAGCUGCCCACAGUGCCGCGCAACCUUCACACCACGGCCCGUGCUGAGACGCAAUCUGCCAGACGUGCACCACGAACCACGGCGCCAGCUCCCGGAGCUCACUCCGUUCCCCUACAUGCACAGGGAAUCCUUCUGCGAUUUCUGCGUUGGCCGUCGCAACAAGGCCGUUAAGUCGUGCCUCAUGUGCCUGGCCUACUACUGCGAAACGCACGUCAAGCCACAUUAUGAGUCGUCCACCUUCAAGAGACACAAGCUGGUGGAUGAGACGGGCCACCUGGACAGGAAGAUCUGCCCCCAGCAUGAGAAGGGCCUGGAGCUGUUCUGUCGUUCUGACCAGAUGUGUAUCUGCGUGCUUUGUACUGUCAGAGAGCACCGUGGCCACAACAUUACCUCAGCAGAAGAAGAGCGCAUCGAGAAACAAAAAGUCUUGGUGGUCACCCAAUCUGAAGUCCAGCACAUCAUUCAGGAGAGGAUGAAGGAGCUGCAGGAGCUCAAACAUAAUGUCGAUGUUCUCAAAAGUGCUGCCCAGCGAGCACAGGCAGAAAGUGAUAAGACCUUCCAUGAAAUGCUGCAGGCGGUGGAGCGCUGGAAGGCUGAAAUCCAUCAGAUGAUAACGGCCAACAUGCAGGCAGCAAUGUCACAAGCUGAGGGCUAUGUGGACCGUCUGGAGCAGGAGAUACUGGAGCUACAGCGCAGAGAUGCAGAGCUACGACAGAUCCUCGAAACAGAGGACAACAUUCACUUUCUGCAGAAUUUUCCAACCCUGUGCGUCCCUCCUGAGGCCAUGGUGCCCAAAGUUCUCAUCAACCCUCAGUUCUCCUUUGGAGAGAUGAGCAAGACAGCCACCGAGAUGAAGGAACAUUUGGAUGACAUCUGUAAGAAGGAACUGAGCAAAAUCUCCAAGACAGUCAGUGAAACCCCUGUGUACAUACUUCUGCCAAGAAAUGGAGACAAACGCCUAAAAGUUCCUUCCAGAGUUGAUUUUCAGGAGCCAAAGUCCAGGACAGACUUCCUAAGAUACUCCUGCAAGAUGUCCUUCGAUCCAAACACAGUCUACAAAGAGCUGGUCCUGUCAGAUGGAAACCAGAGGGUCACACGGAAGAAAUCAGUCCAGUUUUACCCAGAUCAUCCAGAGCGCUUCGAUGGCUUCUCCCAGGUGCUGUGCAAAGAGCCUCUGACUGGUUUCAGAUUUUACUGGGAGGCAGAGUGGAGCGGGGAGUUUUCCAUCGGGGUGGCCUAUAAGAGUAUCAGUCGCAAGGGGAAGAAUUCGCACAGCCUUCUGGGCUAUAACGACAAGUCUUGGAGUCUCCUCUGCUCAGACUCAGGCUACUCUGCCUGGCACAACAAAAUAGACAAAGACCUUCCUGAAGCACGCAGGGCCACGCGUAUUGGUGUGUACCUGGAUUAUGCAGGAAACACUGUGGCCUUUUACUCCAUAUCAGAGACUAUGGAUCUUAUCCACAGAUUCAAAGCUCAGUUCAGUGAGCCCUUGUAUGCUGGUUUUGGUGUGGGUUCCUCUGUUACCCUCUGCCAGCUGAAGCAGAAUCCCACACCUUACUAAGGUUGUUUGCUAAGUUGUUUGCUUUGGUCCGAAUCGGGGACUAAUUUUGUUACAAAGUUGCAUAAUUGCCUAGAGUUGGUUCAUGUUCUCACCGCAGCAUUUACUAGCGGACCAGCUUAAAUCCCUCGCGCGAGAAAGCUGCUCUUGAUUGGCCAGAAUUUCCAUAUGGGAAAAAUUCAGGAAGUAAACAAAACAUUGAAGAAGAGUACACUUGCGAGAUAAAUGUGGCACUUUCUAAUGUCACAAUGGAGGGGCAACUACGCAGGUUGAUUUUAGCACUGCUCAUCUUGUAUUAUAUUGCUUGCAUUGUUCAUUUUAGGCAAACCAUACAGUUUGAAAACGAGGCGCGGCUCCAACUAGAAAACAAUGUUUUGAUGCACUGGAUGUGCUGAAUGUGCAUAUUAAGGCAGUACAGGAGGAAGCGCACAUUAAUAAUCCUCCAGGACUGUAACAUGCUCAUACUUGUUUAACCCAAACAAUGUGUAAUGUGACUGCAGUUGGUUCGGAUCAAGGUCGGAACACGUUCUCACCACAAAUGAACCGCACCAGAGUUUGUUUGUAACUGGACUGAGACCACCUCUUUAAGAAGGUUUUGGUCCACUUGUUUUGUUGCACACCUGAGCGUGGUUGCUGUGUUCACACCUGCCCAAAUGAAUCGCACUUAGGGGGCAAACAAGCUUGAGUUCGAUUGAACCGAAACCAACAAGGCAGGUGUGAAAGCACCCUAACUGACAGGGACGUUGUGGGGAGUCCAUUGUGAAAGGUAUAGAACUCAUAGUGCAGAGUUAUUUUCUGUAAAAAUACAUUUUUAAAUCACUCUCAUUUAUUGUUGUUGUAUCCACACUCUGUAUGUUCCUGUAAUAUAUAGUGAUAGUGAUCUCAUUGAAUAUAAGUUCCUGUUUCCUGUUCGGAGAAAUAUAUGUUGAUUUAAUACAAACAUGGCAUGUAAUGCAAUCCCCUAAUGCUAGUAACCUAUAUUCAGCUGUGUUGUUUCAAUGAGCAUUAACAUUGUAAGGCUGCAUUCAUCUGCAGAUCGCUGACUAAAAUAUUGUGUUUGUAUGUACAGUAAAAACAAAAAUAUGAUUUUCAUAACUAUGUUUUCCUCAGUGUAUAAUCACUUGUCAAUAAGAAAAGCUGAGCCACUGAGCCAGCCAUAUUGUUCUACAGUAGCCCAGAAUGGACAAAUCAAAUGCUUCCUCUAAAUAGAACCAUUUGCAUUUUCUCCCACGUGCCUGGCACAUGGGAGAAGUUUCAGUUUUGCAGCCUCACCACUAGAUGUCACUAAAUUGUACAUAUUGGACCUUUAAGUGUUCAUAUUUAUACAAAUAUUCUAAAAAAGUCAUUGGAUGUAGUCAUUUUAAUGACUGCAUUUGUAAAUAAUUUAACUUUGUUUAGUGACUCUCUUACAUUUAUCCUGAUGAUAAACACUAAUCAACACUGGGCACUGACCUUAUUCUUGUUGAUGAUGUAUAAAACAGUAAUGCACAGAUUGUCAAUAUCAAAGUGUAGAAGUCAUAAUUGUCAAUAAAUAACAAACAAUGGAAAACACAAACACACAACUGUAUUAUUUGAAACACAAAACUGUCAUUAACAUAACAGUCUUAUUCUUUACUACUUUAUUUCAUAUUAUAAAAAGCCUGUUCAUCUGUAAAAGAGCAUUCAUUCUGCACCAGCAUUAUGUACUUUCUGAAGUUAAGAAUCUGAAAUAAAAUAUCAUAGGCUUUUUGA